AACUGAACUGGUGCAAAGGCGGAAAUGAACUGCCUUUCACUCACUCAGACUUCACCAGAUAUGGCACAGCCUCGCAUCUCGAUUUGUGUGAACAAAGACAACCUCAGCUGUGCCAUCUGCUUGGACUUUCUCCAUGACCCGGCAACCAUCCCCUGUGGGCACAGUUUCUGCAUCGUUUGUAUCCAGGAGUUCUGGGAUGUGGAAGUUCUGUUUGAGCGUUCCUGUUGUCCUACUUGCAGUCACACUUUCUCUUCCAGACCUGUCUUGUUCAAGAACCUCACCCUGGCGGAGCUGGUGAGGGCUAUGGAGGGGUAUUCCGCGUCUGGAUCCGAGGCAGCUGCUCUGGGGAAGAGGGGAGCAGCUUUUGCCAGUCCAGCUGACGGAGACCCAAAGAGGUCCACCCCAAAGAGGUCCACCACCAGUACAUCUGAAGCCCGGGAUUUAAGGGCAUGUCAGAAACACAACAGACUGAUGGAGGUUUACUGUUGCAAAGAAGAGCAGUGCAUCUGCACUCUGUGUGCGGCCGUCGACCACAGAGGGCACACUGUCGUGCCAGUGAACGACCAACGGAAGCAGAAACAGGAAAAGCUGGCAGACAUAACAAAGUCAUGUGACAGGAUGAUUCAGAGAGGAGAGAAGGAACUGGAGCACUUGAAGAAUACCGUGCAGCAGACUGAGGGGAGGGGCCGGGCUGAGGAGGAGCACUGUGAGGGGGUCUUCGCUGGCCUGGUUGACUCUAUCCAGAGGCACGUCUCCACCGUGAUGAACCUGAUCAGGGCCCAGGAGAAGGCUGUCCAGGGGCAGGCUCAGACCUCCCUGAAGGAACGGGUGCUGUGGUUGGCUGUGCUGAGAAGGCGACAUGCUGAGCUGGAGCAGCUUUCUCGCACACAGGAUGACAUCCACUUUCUCCAGAGAUGGUCCUCACUGGCCACCGGUCCUGAGGCCAGGGACUGGCCCUCGUCUCCAAUCAGCGCUCCAUUUGAGGCCAUGAGAGCAGCUGUGGAGGAGAUCGGAGGGAGAAUGGAAGCUUUUUUCAACAAGGAAAUCAACACUCUCUCACAAAUGGUUGACAUAUUUCCUGAUGUUCCUGAAAUCCUGUCUGCUCCAGCUACCCAGACACGAGUGCCAAAAACCAGAUCAGAAUUCUUACAGUGUGCCUGUGAGCUCACUCUGGACUCCGACACUGCCCAUAAAGACCUGUUCCUCUCCACCAACAAAAAGAUGGUGACAUGUGAUCCUAAAAAUACCAAGAGCUCGGUUCCUGUGCCCUUUAAAGCUGGUCGCUUUACGCGGCGGCGCCAGGUGCUCUGCAAAGAAGGCUUGCAGGCGGAGCACUGUUACUUUGAGGUGGAGGUGGACGGAGAGAAGGCUGAGAUCGCUGUAACUUACGAAGGACUUGAUAGAGGGUCGCUCAGCCCAUCGUCUGCCUUCGGAGGCAAUAAGAUGUCCUGGAGCCUGGACCUUUCUAAAACGUACUCCGUGAGCCACAAUGCCGGUAGUGUUCAACUCAUAGCAACUCCCAACAGUCGCAAAAUAGGGGUUUACAUCAAAUUCAAGGAAGGCACAUUGUCAUUUUAUGAGGUUUCCAAAAGCACUAUGAUGUUACUUUAUAAGACUGAGACAACAUUCAGUGAGCCCCUCUAUCCAGGAUUCUGGCUCGGAGAUAUGUGUACUAUUAAAUUAUGUGAUUUGAAAAAUGAGUGAAUACCACCCUCUUUGUCCCCUAUAACAAGCUUAUGUUGUGGCUGUAAGCCACGCCUACUGUUAAAACAAUGGCCCAUCCUGCUUCUCCUGCUCUUGAUCUUUGAUCUUUCAUGGCCACCAUCACAUUCUGGACACCAAACUGCCAACAAGUCCUUCUUGCUGCAAGAAUAAACAGAUAGACUUCAAGUUCUUUUGACCUCAGACCUUUAUUCGCUAAAGUUCCACCGCAACUACUUUUCCACUAGAUUGUUUUGUAUGUUGCAUCUUUCGUGUAACUUUUAUGUUCACAUUUCUUAUUCUUUAAGAUCAUAAUAAAAUGAUUCCUUGUCUAC